ACCUGUACUUGUUUCUGUCUAACGACGUGCUGACAACGACGCCUAGACCUGUGACACAAAGGCUGACAGACAGCACAGAGAACUUGGCACUCUCGUGUGUCAGCGCCUUGCUAAUGAACCGUCCGUAGUCAUGUUAACAGCACACGGUGCUGGUUUACAAAUCUUCAAGCGGCAAUUUCUUUCUUUAUAAUGACUCCCAAGCCCUUUCGUCUUGCCGAGACUUGCGAUCUGAGACCGUGGAGCGAAAAAAAAAACAAAAAAAACCCUCCCUUUCCUCCGUGAGUGAAAACCAGGGCUGUUACAGAUCUCCACCAGGACUUCACCCAACGACAUGUUGCUUUUAUGGGUACCGGAGCACGGUUAACCCUCAGUACUGCAGCGCUCGGGUCGAGAGCGAAGCAUACAGGUCAUGACCCUUUAAUAAAGCAUCGUGUGUCAGGUAUAAACUGGAACUCGACACACUGCAGCAAGUUUUUGAGGAUGUGCCAUACAUGAACUCGUCACACUCGGGGGACUCGCGAAGCCGGUUUUACACUUAUUUAUUUAUUUAUUUAUUUUUAAAAACGUGGCAUACUACCAGCUCGAAUAUUAUCUCCUGGAUGAUUCAACUGUUAAGUACAACCAAUAGUAGAACAAAGAGCGAAGCUUUCAUCUCCCCGUGCACGUAUACCGUCUCGUCCGACUCCUUAACGCACGUGAGAGUCUGCGAAGGUUUCAGAGAGACACGACGUUUUGACGUUUUGGACAGAAAUGGAAAAAACCGUGAGAACGAGACUCCGUGUAGGUGGCCCUUUCCGGCAUCUGACAGAACAUUUCACUGACUGACUGCUCUGACCGUCAAUCCAGAUCGACCUCAGUGAUGUUUAUCCACAGCGUUAAAUGGAGCUUUCUAGAUUGACAUGUGACCAUCGGAAGACCCGAAGACUGAGUGGUCAGCUUUUAUUUUUCAGUUCCCACGGCUCUGUGAGCUCCUGAGCGCGUUAUCACCACCUCUCCAACUCACCUGCUGUAAAACACCAAGCUGUAGUGUGUUAACUUUCCCUCGCUUUACACUCCUGAGACGAUGCUGAUGAUGUGAUGAUUACUGCACCAGUUAUGGCACUUAAAAGGAGCAGAAGCUACCUGAGCAUCUUUAUAAGCGCGAGCUCUGCGCGUUCACUUCACACAGACAGCAAGGCUAAUCUUCUCUUGAACAAGAUGCGCGCUCUUGGUUUGGCCACGUUCCUGGCUCUGGCUGCUUGUCUGUGCGCGCUCCCGCGGCACGUCAGCCAGGACCUUCCUAAGCGCGCGGCGUUUUCAGAUCUCGAGUUCUCCGGUAACGGAGCAGGUAACGAACCGGUCAGGGGAUCCGUGAGAGUGGUUAAAGUGAGUCCGCACUUUCUGCGUCAUCCCCCGGGUCUGCUCGGGAAACCCGCACUGAAGCGGGGCCCGUUUCCAGCCUUCUUGGAGCUGGGUCGCCCCGGGCCUUCUGCGCACGCGCACGCACCUGCAGCGUCGCUCCCGCACCUGAGCGCGAGCUACACCGGCGCCGACGCCAGGAAGAGACAAGGCCUGGAGAUGUGGCAGAGGGUGAUGCAAAAAAGCGAGCCAGGCAAAGAGGUCCUCUCACUGCCAUUUAACUCCAGAGAUGCGGGAACGCAGAGCUGUGCGGCGCUGCCCUUCACCCAGCGGAUAACCGAGGAGGGCUGUGAACCGAUAACCGUCCAGAAUAAGCUGUGUUUCGGUCAGUGCAACUCCAUGUUCGUGCCCCCCAACGGAGGAUCCGGCAUGCACCGCGGCGGCCCGUCUUGCUCACGCUGUGGCCCGUCCAGAGCGCGCACCGUGCACGUGCCCAUGCGCUGUGGCUCGCAGGUCCGAGAGAAGCGCGUGAUGCUGGUAGAGGAGUGCAAGUGCGAAACCGGAAGAGAGGAAGAGAAGUCUGAUAACAAGCCCAUGCAUUUAUAACCCGCACUGCCAAAGUGUGUGUGUGUGUGUGUGUGUGUGAUUGAGUGAGUGAGUGAAUGAUGACAAGAGCGCUUAUUCGCAGAAUUCUACCCAAGCUCCUACUUUUUGACGAGAGAACCUCAUGAGGUUCUUUAAUCGGUUUUGUUAGUUUGAUUUUCCAAACUGAAACUUUAUCCAAGCAUCCGUUUGGUCGUUCCAGCGGAUUAUUUUACUCCAACAUGUCAUUGCAUGCUUUUACCGAGUGAUGUCGCUGUUGCACGACGAUUCUGUAGGCUACCUGACACAAUAACUGUUUUUAAGUUAUAAAGCAAGAUACUUUUGUAUA